AUGACGGACCAGGCACCCUUCGACACCAAUAUCGUCACCGUGACCCGCUUCGUCAUGGAAGAGGGCAGGAAGGCCCGCGGCACGGGCGAGAUGACCCAGCUGCUCAACUCGCUUUGCACCGCGGUCAAAGCCAUCUCCACGGCCGUGCGCAAGGCGGGCAUCGCGCACCUCUAUGGAAUAGCUGGCACUACGAAUGUGACGGGAGAUCAAGUGAAGAAGCUGGAUGUCCUCUCCAAUGAUCUGGUUGUUAAUGUGUUAAAGUCAUCUUUUGCCACCUGUGUUCUUGUGUCAGAAGAAGACAAACAUGCCAUCAUAGUAGAACCUGAGAAAAGGGGUAAAUAUGUGGUCUGUUUUGAUCCCCUUGAUGGAUCAUCCAACAUUGACUGCCUUGUGUCCAUUGGAACCAUCUUUGGCAUCUACAAAAAGAUUUCGAAAGAUGACCCUUCUGAGAAGGACGCUCUGCAGCCAGGCCGGAACCUGGUGGCUGCUGGCUAUGCGCUCUAUGGCAGUGCCACCAUGUUGGUCCUGGCCAUGGUGAAUGGAGUCAACUGCUUCAUGCUGGACCCGGCCAUUGGAGAGUUCAUUUUGGUGGACAGGGAUGUGAAGAUCAAAAAGAAAGGGAGCAUCUACAGCCUCAAUGAGGGCUAUGCGAAGGACUUUGAUCCUGCCCUCACCGAAUAUGUCCAGAGGAAGAAGUUCCCCCCAGACAACUCAGCCCCCUAUGGCGCCAGGUACGUGGGCUCCAUGGUAGCCGAUGUACACCGCACCCUAGUCUAUGGAGGGAUCUUUAUGUAUCCAGCUAACAAGAAAAGCCCCAGUGGAAAGCUGAGACUACUGUAUGAGUGUAACCCCAUGGCCUAUGUCAUAGAGAAGGCAGGAGGAAUGGCUACCACUGGGAAGGAAGCCGUGCUGGACAUUGUUCCCACUGACAUCCAUCAGAAGGUGCCCAUCAUCUUGGGAUCUCCUGAAGAUGUGACUGAGUUCCUGGAGAUAUAUAAGAAGCACACUGCUAAAUGAAGUGUGGGCCUUGCCCACACCAAAUGGAAUUGCCUUUUAUCUGGACCUUUUAUCGCACAUAGUGUUACCACAU